GAGCAGCGGAGGGAGCCAACUCCAACGUCUUCUCCAUGUUCGAACAGGCCCAGAUCCAGGAGUUCAAGGAGGCCUUCACCAUUAUGGAUCAGAACAGAGAUGGAUUCAUUGACAAGAAUGACCUGAGGGACACCUUCGCCGCUCUGGGUCGUCUCAACGUGAAGCAGGAGGAGAUCGAUGAGAUGCUGAAGGAAGCCCCGGGCCCCAUAAACUUCACUGUCUUCUUGACCAUGUUUGGCGAGAAGCUAAAAGGCGCCGACCCCGAGGAGACAAUCCUCAACGCCUUCAAAGUGUUCGACCCCGAGGGCAAAGGAUUCCUAAAGAAAGAUUACGUGACCGAAAUGCUGACCACCCAAGCGGACCGGUUCUCCUCAGAAGAGAUGGAACAGAUGUUCACGGCCUUCCCUCCAGAUGUUGCUGGCAACUUGGAUUACAAGAACCUGGUGCACAUCAUCACGCAUGGAGAGGAAAAGGAUCAGGAGUAGCUCCCUGGCUCUGCCCGCACGUGUUCGCCCAGACCCCACCCCCUAGAUCCCGACCCAGAGCGCCCCACCACGCCCCGGACCGCCCGUGUUACCUCCGGCCACGUGGAGACUUGUGCCAGUCAGCUCCGAACGGACAGUGCCGCGACAAGCGAGAGUCCCCUCAUGCUGGAGUUUGCUGUUCAGUUUCGUCCGCGUUCUCCCAGAAGACGUGACAAACCUGUCAAAUAUAAUCCCAUCCUGCUAUUCAAAGUGCAACACCGUACAA